AUGUCGGGCGCUGCGUCGUGGAGAGGAGCAGGGGCGACUGGGGAGCGGCGCCUGUUUCCCCUGACGGGCGUGCACAUCGGCUUAUGGAAGCCGCGGAGCACGUGGUCUCCUUAUCUGCUCAUGAUCCCGUCAUCGCGCAAGUUCGUGCUGCUGCUGACUCGGAAGGGCAAGAGCAAGCGCAGCGGCCGGCUGGGUAGCGCGAUAAAGGACAACGUGGAGCACCUGCUGCGCCACAAGAACCCCUUCUUUGUAUCAGAGCCUGCCGUGGUGGUAGCGUUUGAGGUGGCUUGGACGGAUGUGGUGGGCAUGGACUACCUGUCGCGUCUCAUGGAGCCCACCCGUCUCGUGCUGGAGGCACGGCACCUUGGCAAACGCGUGUUUGCAUCGGUGGAUGAUGCCUGUGCCCACUACUUCCCGGGUCCCCCAACGACGCCGCCCAACACCCCAGCCAGCGAUGCGUUUGGGGGGCGCCCUUUUCGCGACAGCCGUGCCGUUGAGCGGGCCAGUGGCUGCACGACGCCUGCCUCAGACUCGCGCGACGUGGCAGAGGCAGCGUCUCUCGGAGGCUCUGGGCACGAGGCAACUAAGGCAGCUGCGGAGACUCACCCGAGUGACAGCCAGGCGAACUCUGCACCAGGCUUGGCCGCCAACAUCUGCGGCACAGCAGCAGGGCCAGCAGGGCAGCCACCCCUCCCACGGCCCCGCCGUGCACGGCCGACUCUGCCGACCGCAGGAGCGUCGCCCUUCAUGGAAGCCAUGUCAGACGCUGCACCACCCUGGCCGGAUGGGCGGCUGUCUUGCGGCAGCCUGCCUCUCGCAGGCGGCGGCAGUGGCAGUGGCGGCGGCGGCGGCGGCGGCAGCAUGUUGACAGCGCCAUCAUUGGCGGCCCACAUUAGUGCUGGCAGCAUGCUGUUGUCUGGGUCGUCUGACUAUGGCGCGGCUGCCUCGCAAUUUCCAUCGCGUCGCAACUCCAUUGACAGCGACCUGUCCGCCGCAAUGCCCAGCACACCUGCGGCACUGGCUGCGGCGCAGGCCCUGCUGCGAGAUGCGGGGCUUGACCCUCGCGGUCCCAAGGGCCUCUCAAGGGCCAGCAGCUGCCAGGCCGUUGACGGCUUUUGGCGCAGCCCCCGCUCUGCCGCGCUGGGGAGCGGGGCGUCGGCGAUGACCUGCGGGCUCCUGGCAGGGGCGUCUGGGUUGGCAGCGUCGGGGUCAAACGUGGCGCCCGUGCAGGACAUCAGCAUUGGCGAGUGCAUCGGGGACUGCCACCCACCAGCGGGCAUAGCCUCGGCGUUUGAUGGUGUUCAGGGCAGCGCUUCCUCAGGGCAAGGCAAAAGCAGCUCCGUCCUUGUGCCCCUAUUGUUGGAACCUGCGGUAUCUAUCACCAGCAUCGUCGACAGCACCAACGGCGCCACAAGCGGGGACCUGGCGCAACCCGCAGCUCCUUCGACGCGGCAUGGGCAGGCGGACAACACGUGCUGCCAAGGAGAGCAUGCGGGGCAGCCAGUGCUGCUUCAACAGAAGCGCACCGCGCAGCAGCGGCGGCAACAGCAGCAGCAGCAACAGCAGCAACAGCAGCAGCAGCAGCAGCAGCAGCAGCAGCAGCAGCAGCGUCAGCAGCAGCAGCAGCAGCGACAGCAGCAGCAGCAACAGCAGCAGUCAGAGCAGCAGGAGUUGCAUCCUCAGCCGCCGCAGCAGCGUCAGCAGCAGCAGCUGCCGCCGCCGCAGCUGCAGCAGCAGCAGCAGCAGCAGCAGCAGCAGCAAGAGCAGGAUCGCGAGCAGGAGCGUUGGCGCCAGAGGCUUUUUCCACGAAAACAGCAGCAGCAACAGCAGCAACCGCAGCAGGAUGAGGGCGAUAAACUGGUGCAGCUGCACCGCAGGCGCCAGCAGGCACGCCUGCAGCAGGCGUGUGGCGCAGAGCAGCAGCACGCAGGCCUGCAGCAUCAGGUGCCGCGCGCCAUAUUUGACACAAGUGAGGCCAAGCCCACCAGCUUGCAGCGCAGCGGCAAGGAUGGCAUUGCCAAGCAGAGGGUGGCUGCAGCAAGUGCUGCAGACCCGUGCAACGCAUGCCCCCUGUGCAACCAACUCUUGGCGCCGGCGUCCACUCUUUCUGGCCGCACCAUUCCUUUGGGGCUGGGGGGUGAAAUUGGCGAUGGCGCGGGCCCCCUGCACCUGUGCACCUUCCCCGUCAACAACCCGCGGGUGGCUGGGCAUGCCACAGAGGCAGGUGUGACAGGGCGGUGGCCGCUGUUAAUCGCGCACGAGCCGGAGGGGCGCUCACCGCCGCUCCUUGGGCUGGCUCGCAGCAGCAGCGCGGACCGUGCUCUGGCAGAGCUGGGUUGUGGAGGGGCCACCUCACACCUGCGCUGUGGUGCGGGGCCCAUGACGGCCCCUCCAUCCCCAAGGGCUGGGCCGGGCCUGGGCUUUGACAUGCCUGGCGCCAGCACGCAGGCGGCAGUGUCCGCAACCUCCGCGGACGACGUGCUUCGGACGGCUGCGGAAAUGGCUGCCAACGGCCGCCGCGGCGUGUACGACGGGUGCUUUGCAUGCUGCACACUUGUCAUGACCUUCACUGACCCGGCCCUGGCUCCUGUGCUGUCCAAGCUGGUCAAGAGUGACAUGCGUCUGCUGAAGCACUACGAGUCGGGGCUGCCGGUUUGGGCGGUGUGGCUACCCUCUUAUGGCCUUUUCUACAGGCCCUGGAUGCGGCGCGCCACAUGGCUGCUUUUUGUGCUGGUCAGCGUGAUCUCCAUGGCCCUGGGGUUCUAUGAUCUGUACAAAAACGUGCCGCACUUCAAGUCGCUGGUCAUUCGUGCCUUCAUGCCGGCCUCAUACCUCUUUGAGUGGCUUGAGCUGCACACCCAG